AUGGUUAUGCAGAGUCGCAAAAAUUAUCUUUUUGACCUUGUACGAGGAGGAGUAGGGUCAAAAAAGAAUAAUUCAGGAACAAGAACGAUUAAAGCUUCCCACGACUCACUACAAGCAGAAUUAAAUGUAUUAAUUCAACAUGGAGACAAAAGGACUAAGAAAUUGAAAAAGGUGCUUUUAAUUCAGGAAGAACUUAAGAUGGCAGAGAACAAAAAAUGGAAAUUAAGUUCUGAGAAAAUUGUCGAAGAUACAAUGUUUAGGUAUGGAAUGAAGCUGAAUGAAGAAAGGUGCACAUUCUAUGAACGAAAUUCUUCUCCUCUUGAAAGAGAUAUGCUAGAAAACUGCUGGAGGUUGUCACUUGCAUUAGGGGAGAGUCGAGCUCGAUUGCAAGCUCUGAAAAAAAAGGAUCGAAAUUUGGAUAAGAGGAAGGAAAUGGGUCGAAGGAAUGAUGGAACGAUUUGCGAACGCAAUGGAAGGUGUAAAUUCAGAUUGGUUGAGGCUGCGAAAAAGUUUGAGGAAAAUUCAACAAAAUGGUUAAAAGAAUCAUUCAAAACUCCUAAAAUUAUGCAUGACAUGCUUGUUCAACUGAUGAGUGUGGUUAAGAACGAUGACAGAGCUAAAAAACUGCAAACUGUUGGAUGGUUACAUUUUGGUUUAUACGCACAAACACUUGAGAUGGACUGCGCGAAUGGCUACGUCUGUCGUCUCAUCCGCUGGGAAUUGCGUAAGUAUAUCGUACUAGCAGAAACGUACAACAUAAUAAAGAUGCCGGAAGCUUCUGAUAAGACAUCGUUACUGAGAAUUAUUGACAAGGUUGGAUCCUCCUUGCCAAAAUUGUCAGACAAAGAAGUACCAACAACCGCACGUACACCCAAAAAAAAGAAGGAAAUACAUUGCCUUGUUUACACAAACCUUCUUUAUUUCUUCUUUAUAAGGUUUCAACUAAGAAAGAAGCAAAAGGAUAUCAUUGUAAAUAUGCGCUAA